AUGCUGCGCGCUGUGCUGCUGCUGGGCUCGCUGCUGCUGGGGGCCGCCCGCGGCGCCGAGGAGUGCCUCCGCGGCAACGGCGCGUCCUACCGCGGCAGCCGGCAAGUGGCCUCCGGCGGCGCCCCGUGCCUCAACUGGCUGACGGUGCGGAGCGGCCCCGGCACCGCGCUCCCGGCAGCAGUCGAUGAGGACCACAACAGCUGCAGGAACCCGGACGGCGACGCCGCGCCCUGGUGCUACGUCCAAGGCGCUACCGGGAUCCCCGAGCGGCGAUCCUGCGACAUCGCCCACUGCCCAGAUACUACAGCUACCACAGCCCCAGUCCCUACAGCAGAAGUUGGUGCUUCCCAGGAGGAUGAGCAGGUGUUUGAACCAGCUGAUACCUUGCCCUCCCGGAGCGAGGCAGCCGCAGUGCAGCCCAUCAUUGGGAUCAGUCAGAGAGUACAGAUGAACUCCAAAGAAAAGAAGGACUUGGGGACACUAGGUUAUGUGCUAGGGCUGACCAUGAUGGUGAUAAUCAUUGCCAUCGGGGCUGGAAUUGUCCUGGGAUACGUCUAUAAGAGGGGGAAAGACCUGAAGGAGAAGCACGAACAGAAGGUUUAUGAGCGUGAAAUGCAGCGUAUCACGCUGCCCCUGUCAGCGUUCAGCAACCCCGCGUGCGAGCUGGUGGAUGAGAACACCAUUGUGGUGCACACCACCCAGACACCCGUGGAGGACACGCGGGACGGCGGCGGCCCCCUCAUGGGGCAGGCGGGGACUCCUGGUGCCUGA